AUGUUCUAAGAAUUGAUUUUAUCUGAUUCUGAUUCAUUUCGUCAAAAGAAAAGAGGAAGAAAUUAAAAUGAUCGUCAAAGUAAGAUUUUGCAUCUAAUUUUAGUUUCAAGUUAAGAAAAGUUUGAGUUUUAAUAAUAAUACUAGUUGUUUUAACAAUUUUAUGAGAGUUGCCAGAAUAUUCCGAUAGACUUUUUGUAUUUAAAAGAAUAUUUUAAUAUUGGUUUAAAUGAUUGUCCAAGUGAUGUAGAGGUAUUUAAGAUUCAAAAAAAAUUAAACAAUCGACGAAUCUCUUCAAAUUAAAAAAAAAGUUGGAGUUGUGAUGAAAAAAAAGUCUUGGUUUGGGUCAUUGGUAAAUAUUGUUCUUUGAAAUAAAAAAAUUGUAGAUUUUUAAAUAGUGAUGAUUUUAACGAAAUUGCCUAAUAUUUAUUUAGGAGAAAUGCUGAAAACAUCAAGUAAAAAUGGAUUUCUAUGCAUAAAACAUCAUUGGUUACAUAACCAUUUACAUAAGAAGAAGAUUAUCAUUUAUCAAUACUAUAUGAUGAAUAUAAAAAUGAUGAAAAUAGAUGGAAGUAAAUUGCUUAGAAGAUGAAUAAAAUAACUUAAAUAUACAGAACAAGUAAGCAACUACGUGAAAGAUGGAUAAAUUACUUAGAUCCAUCAUUAAUUAGAAUUAAGGAUCCUUGGAGUGAUAGAGAAGAUUUAGAAUUGGUUUAUUAAAUUUAAUAAAAAGGUAAAAAGUGGACAGAAAUUGCUAAACAAUUAAAACGAAAUGAAAAUUAAGUGAAAAACAGAUUUAAUGGUUUAUUAAAAAGAGAUGAAGUAGACGAUGAUCUAAAUAAAUUAAUUGAUAAAAUAUUAUGGAGAAUUAGUAAAUAACCAAUAGAUGAUAUUAAAAAUAAUAAAGAAAAACAAAAUAUUCAUAAUAAUCAUAAUUAAAGUUUGUUAUUUGCUAUAGGAAAUAUUGAUUCGAUUACUAGAGAAGAAACAUAUGAAUUAACUCCUUGUAUGGUUAAUCUUAAGACAAAUUAAAUAUAUUUUACUCCUAAUUAUUUGUUAUAGGAAAUCCUAUAAUAUUAAUAAUAAGAUGUAAGAGAUGAUUUUGAUAAAAUAAAAAGAGAAAUUGAAAAGUUUGAACCAACUCAAUUCAGAGUAGCCUCUCUAUCUAUUAUCAGCGAAGAGUAUUAACAACCAUAAAGAUAAAAUAACUAACCACAUUUCAUACAGUCAUUUUCUGAAAUGCCUAAUUUUGAAUCAUCUAAUUAACCUGCAUCAUUAGAAGUAAAGACAUUUAUUAAUCCAUUUUACUCCUUGAAGAAUUUAUAGUAAAAGUACUUUAAACAUCGAACUGAUUUAUCAUUGCCAAAGACAAUCAAAUAUUUACCUUGGCAUUCUUUACCUUAAUUAUUAUUUUGCUGA